CCCUACCCCCUGGUUUUCCUAGAAGGAACCACGUGCACACAGACCACCCAACGCAUGUGUAGGUGCGUGGGAAUCGCCGGCACUGCCCCUUGGCUGGGGUCACAGGGGCCUCAGGGAGCCCCCGUGCACCAAGCCCUGCAUCUCACCAGAGACUGCCCGCCCCUCCCCGCCGCCGUCGCCAGGACUGGGGGACAAACGGGGGGUGUACACCGGGUCCUGCCUCCUUCAGAUUUCUCCGGAAAGCCCGCGCCCCUCGCCGGCCGCGCUCGGCUGUCUCCGCUCCUGGCGCUCGGCGGUGCUCGGCUGUCUCCGGCCGCUCGGCUUGGUGCUCGGCUCAGGUCCGCGGCCGCUGCGGCGCGGGCAUUUCUCCGCAGCUCGGCUCGCGGCCGCGCCCGCCCGGCCCGCGCCCAUGCAGGCCAUCAAAUGCGUGGUGGUCGGCGACGGCGCCGUGGGGAAGACCUGCCUGCUGAUCAGCUACACGACCAACGCCUUCCCGGGAGAGUACAUCCCCACCGUUUUUGACAACUACUCUGCGAAUGUGAUGGUGGACGGGAAGCCAGUGAACCUGGGGCUGUGGGACACCGCCGGGCAGGAGGACUACGACCGGCUGCGGCCACUCUCCUAUCCCCAAACUGACGUCUUCCUGAUCUGCUUCUCCUUGGUGAGCCCAGCCUCCUUUGAGAAUGUGCGAGCCAAGUGGUACCCAGAGGUGCGGCACCACUGCCCCCACACGCCCAUCCUUCUGGUGGGCACCAAGCUGGACCUCCGUGAUGACAAGGACACCGUCGAGCGGCUUCGGGACAAGAAGCUGGCACCCAUCACAUACCCCCAGGGCCUGGCCAUGGCCCGCGAGAUCGGUGAGCUCUGUCAAGUACCUGGAGUGCUCGGCCCUGACUCAGCGGGGCCUGAAGACAGUGUUUGACGAGGCCAUCCGGGCUGUGCUCUGCCCGCCCCCUGUGAAAAAGCCAGGGAAGAAGUGCACAGUCUUCUAGAGCCCGUCUUCUGGGGGCAGCCCCGCCCACCCGUGUCUGCUGUUGUGUUGAGUGUCCAGUGUCCCUGAGUCGGCUGUGGGGAGUGAUGGGGGUGGGGAGGGGCAAGAAGCAUGGGGCUGGGCUGGGGCAAUGGGGUCCUGGCCGCUCUGCCUCCCCUUUCUGGGGGCUGGGCUCCAGCCUUCCCUGACCCCCACAGGAGGCCAGGAGGGAGCAGGGUCUCCCUCAGGCUGCAGGGGUGGGUCCCGGGCAGCCCCAGGAUGGGCUUCCCCAAUGGGGGAGGGGGGUUCUGUCCUUGCGCCCCAGAUGGGGCAGCCCUUUCUUAUUUUAUACAAUAAACCUUCUCCA